AUAUUUAGUUUUUUUAGGAGGAUGGACUGUUGGACUGUAGCAUUGAAUCAAUUACAGGUCGCUCCAACUCAGGCGCAUUUGGGAGCGGAGCCGCGGACGCAGACGGAGUGGCGCACAUAUGCUUGCUUUCACGGAGCAGGCUCGAGCUGUGAGGAUUAACGGCACCGGAGAACCAUUCACUGCGCAAAGCAGAGAGCGUAUGCUUUAUUCAUUACUGGAUUUAUUCUAUCAAGAGGAACAAUUAAAAGGAAAUUAAAAAGUGAUCCACGCGUCGGAGGUCAUGGCAGGCAUGAAGACCCUUCUCGUGGUGGGGGUAGUGCUGUUUGGGUUCAUAUCAGUUACAUACGGAAUACUUUGGCCGACCAUCGCAUCCAACCAACAUGAGUUCGUCCUCGAGCGGCAUUCCGUAUUUAACGUUAGCUGUAUCGGGAAGAGGAGCGUAGUGUGGGUUGAACCCUUACCGGACAACACAUUUGUGAAUUCCGGAUAUAACACAUCCACUCUCUUCAUAAACAACGCCUCCGCUGCCAACACCGGAUACUACUCCUGUAGAUACCAGACCUUAGAUGACCAAGAUUUAAACAGCAACCAGGAUUACGAGGCAGAGAUAUACAUCUAUGUUCCAGAUCCUGCUGUUCCCUUCGUCCCGGAAGAGCCGGAAAACUUGAUGGCGACGGCGAUGGCGGGCAAGACUUUCAUCCCGUGUCGCGUGUCCGACCCGGCCUCCCAGGUGACGCUACGGAGCGUGCCCGGUGAGGAGGAGGUUUCUGCCUUGUUCGACAGCAAGAUGGGGUUUGUGGCCAUCAUUCCGGCAGGACUGUACCGGUGUGAGACCGUGGUCGAUGGGGUCGUUGUCCGCAGUGACACCUACAGGGUGGAGGACAGCACAGGCGAGGAGGCCUUCCAGGUGGAGGUGGGGGCCAGCGAGGAGGCUGUGAGGCUGGGACAGGCCCUCAACAUCACCUGCCUUGUCCCUCUGGGACCAGCCUUCCAGCAGCAGUGGCUCCACCCCAAGAAACAGGCUGUCAGAGCAGUGGCGAUGAAGGAGAUUCUGACCAAUCAGGUGCUCUACAUCCUCCGUAUCCCAGAAGCCACCUCUCAUGACAGUGGAGUCUACGAGUGCGUCGUUGUCAAUGAAGACAGCGGGGAGAUCCGCACAGGCAGAGUGGUGGUCACCGUCUUCGAGGAGAACUCGUUCAUUUCCCUGGAGCAUGCUGGGAUAGGAGCAGUGGAGUUCGCCAGCCUGCUGGAGGAGUCAGAGUUCACCAUCCUGAUCCACGCCAGUCCCGCCCCCCAGGUCACAUGGUACAAGGAUGGCAGCGAGCUGGCGGGAAGCAGCUACGUCCGGACCAAGACCACGCCCCUCCAGGUCUCGCCCCUCCAGGCCACGCCCCACAGGUAUCAGAGUGUACUGACGCUGAGGCAGCCCCUAGAAGCUGACAGUGGGAACUACACCAUCAUGGCCCUGGCUGGCUCCCAGUCAGAACACUUCUCCUUCACGCUGAAGGUCAAAGCAUCGGGCUCCGUGGCGUUCCAGCCCUCCUCCGCCCCCCUCCUCCUGCCCCGGGUGGAGCAGAUGCAGGUCCCCCUCAACGCCCCCUUCACCCUCACCUGCCACGGGGAGGCGGAGCUGGAGUGGGACACGCCCCUCUACCUGCCCCAGCAGACGGAGGAGGACAACAGCGGCCUGUUCGUCACCACGGUGACCGUGGAGGACGCCACGGCGAUGCACACGGGCGCCUACACCUGUUUCUAUCAACACGGCAACGGCUCGGAGGAGACGCAGAGCAGCAUCUAUGUCUACGUGCCGGACCCCGAGGUGCCCUUCCUGCCCUCGCUGGUGCCCUACAGCAACCACGUCCUGACGGACCAGAAGGAGAUGGAGAUCGGCUGCCGUGUGUCCGACCCCGGCGCCAACGUUACCCUGGUGAACACCGACACCCAGCAGGAGGUCCCCUCCUCCUACGACAGCCGGCGCGGCGCCGUGGGCCUGUUCAACCCGGGGACCUACGCCUGCCGGGCAAUGAUCAACGACGAGGAGCACUACAGCGAGGAGUACAUUGUUCACGGGUGGGUGGAGGGCGCGGGGGGGCUGGAGGUGGAGCUCCGGGCCCCCAGGACGGCCCUGCUGGUGGGGGAGACCCUCACCGUGUCCUGCCUGGCGCGGGGAUCCUCCGAGAUCCUGGAGGACCAAUGGAAGUACCCCGGCAGACAGGCGAAUCGCGGCGUGAAGUCCGUGCGGGAGAACAAGCGCGAGCAGGAGAUCCAGUACACGCUGACCAUCGGCCAGGCGUCCGCCAAGGACAGCGGCUCCUACGCCUGCGCCAUCACCGACAUCAUCAGCGACAAGAGGCAGACCAGGGAGCUGGUCAUCAACGUCUACGAGAGUGCCUUUGUGUCUCUCCGCCCGUCCUUCAGCCCCCAGGAGACUGCGGAGCUGGACGAAGUGAAGGAGUUCCGGGCGGACAUCGACUCCUUCCCCGAGGCGAGGGUCACCUGGCUGAAGGACGGACGCCCUCUGGACGACGUGGCGGCCGAGAUCAGCAGCAACCUGCGGAAGGUCGGCGAGACCAGGUACCAGAGUAUUCUGACCUUGAUCCGGGCCAAGCAGGAGGAUAGUGGGAACUACACUCUGCGACUGGACAACGGCGACCUGAGCACCACCCACAGUUUCAGCUUGCAGGUCAAAGUUCCCGCUGUGAUCGUGGAUCUCAUGGACCUACAUCACGGAUCGUCGCUCGGCCAGGCCGUGGUGUGCAUCGCUGGGGGACAGCCCACACCUGAGCUGGAGUGGUUCAUCUGCAGCAACAUCAAACACUGUGCCAACGACUCCUCCCAGUGGGUGCCCCUCCCGGCCAACUCCUCGGAGAUCACCGUGGAAACGCACCUGGACGCCGACCUCCAGCUGGAGAGCCAGGUGAUGUUCGGUCAUCUUGAUAACACACUGGCCGUGCGCUGCCUGGCCAGGAACGAGAUGGCCGUCGUCAGCAGGGAGGUCAAGCUGGUGUCUAAUGGCCCUCACUCAGAGCUGACGGUGGCUGCAGCAGUGUUGGUGUUGCUGGUCAUAGUCAUCAUCUCUCUCAUUGUGCUCGUCAUCAUAUGGAAACAGAAGCCUCGAUAUGAAAUCCGCUGGAGGGUGAUCGAGUCUGUGAGUCCAGACGGCCAUGAGUACAUCUACGUGGACCCCAUGCAGCUGCCCUACGACUCCCGCUGGGAGUUCCCCAGAGACGGCCUGGUGCUGGGUCGCAUCCUGGGCUCCGGGGCCUUUGGGAAGGUGGUGGAAGGGACAGCCUACGGACUCAGCCACUCCCAGCCUGUCAUGAAGGUGGCUGUGAAGAUGCUGAAACCCACAGCUCGCUCCAGUGAAAAGCAGGCCCUGAUGUCGGAGUUGAAGAUCAUGACUCACCUGGGCCCUCACCUGAACAUUGUCAACCUGCUGGGGGCUUGCACCAAGACAGGUCCCAUCUACAUCAUCACUGAGUACUGUUUCUAUGGCGACCUGGUGAACUACCUUCAUAAGAACAGGGAGAGCUUCCUAAGUGUGCAUCCGGAGAAAUCCAAGAAGGACCUGGACAUCUUCGGCAUCAACCCUGUGGACGAGAGCAACAGGAGCUAUGUGGUCCUGUCCUUCGAGGGCAGAGGAGACUACAUGGACAUGAAGCAGGUGGACACGCAGUACGUUCCCAUGCUGGAGAUCAACGAUCCCUCCAAGUACUCCGACAUCCAGCUCUCCAGCUACGACAGCCCACCCUCGCCGAGACAGAGAGAGGGUGAGGUGGACGGUCUGCUGCCGGACGAUAAGAGCAAGGGUCUGAGCACCACCGACCUGCUCAGCUUCUCCUACCAGGUGGCCCGCGGCAUGGAGUUCCUGGCCUCCAAGAACUGUGUGCACAGAGACCUGGCUGCCAGAAACGUGCUGCUGUCCCAGGGGAAGAUCGUGAAGAUCUGUGACUUUGGUCUGGCCAGGGACAUCAUGCACGACAACAACUACGUCUCCAAGGGCAGCACCUUCCUUCCAGUGAAGUGGAUGGCUCCUGAGAGCAUCUUUGACAACAUGUACACCAGCCUGAGUGACGUCUGGUCCUAUGGCAUCCUGCUGUGGGAGAUCUUCUCUCUGGGUGGAACCCCCUACCCUGGUAUGGUGGUGGACUCCAGCUUCUACAACAAGAUCAAGAGUGGCUACAGGAUGGCCAAGCCUGAGCAUGCUGCUGCCCAUGUGUAUGAGAUGAUGAUGAAGUGUUGGAACAGCGAGCCCGAGAAAAGGCCCUCCUUCCUCAGCCUCAGCGAAUCAGUGGCCUCCCUGCUGCCCGCCAGCUACAAGAGGAGCUACGAGAGGAUCAACCAUGACUUCCUGAAGAGUGACCACCCUGCGGUGACGCGCGUGUGCGUGGAGAGCGACGACGCCUACGUGGGCAUCAGCUACAAGAACCAGGGCAAGCUGAAGAGCCGUGAGGAGCAGGAGCAGCGUCUGAGCUCGGACAGCGGCUACAUCAUCCCCCUGCCCGACCUGGAGCCUGACCUGGGCUACAGCAAGAGGAACCGCCACAGCUCCCAGACGUCGGACGAGAGUGCCAUAGAGACUGGCAGCAGCUCCACGCUGGCCCGCAGGGAGGGGGAGACCCUGGAGGACAUCACCCUGCUGGAGGAGCUCCACUCUGGGGACCUGGAAGAGGACAGCUUCCUGUGACAUGCCCGCUAGGAGGACAGCUUCUUGUCACACCCCACUCCCCCCUCCCCACAGCUUCCUGUGACACCCCCACACCUAGGAUGACAGCUUCCUGUGACACACCCUCACAGUUUCCCUGUGACACACCCAACUAGGAUGACAGCUUCUGGUGACAAGCUCACCUAGGGUGAUUGCUUCCUGUGACAUGCCCAACUAGGGUGAUUGCUUCCUGUGACAUGCCCAACUAGGAUGACAGCUUCCUGUGACACCCUCGCACAUAGGAGGACAGACGGACACACAAUCUAAAGACCCCCCCCCCAACUUCCACAAACACACUUUUCCUUCCCCCCCCCGCCCCCCUCUCCCCCCAGCCUGUCCUCACUCCCCGCCGAGGAAAGGGCGAAACCACUUCACUGCUCGGACAAGUCUGUGGUACGGCGAGAUUGUGGUGCACCAUGAGAUCCCCAGACAGCGCCCUCUUGCUGGGCUGGAGGGAUAGAGACCGUGGGACGCUGAGCCCUGCCCUGGCCUGCAGUCUGGAGGAAGGACUCGUGUCGAGGGCUGUGUCCUCUGUUCGGAAAGAACAUUAAGCUAAUGGGCAUUCUAAAACAGUAUACUGUAUGUAAAUAUGAGUAUGUACUAGACCAGUAUGUAUCAGUAUAUUCCUGUAUAUACCAGUUUAUACCAGUAGGCACUAAUAUGUACCAGUAUAUACCAGUACACACCAGUAUGUACCAGUAUACACCAAGUUAUACCAGUAUAUACCAGUAUGUACAAGUAUAUACAACCUUUAAGCCAGUGCAUACCAGUGUGUACCAGUAUACACCAGUUUAUACCAGUAUAUACCAGUUUACACCCGUAUGCCAACCACUACAGUGUGACAGGCCGAAAUACAUCCGCCCAGCUGGAGUGUGUCCAGCCAGGGACAGCGUCCCCUCCUCUCUUCUCCUGGACACACCCUUCCUGCUGGCACAAUCACUAGCUAUACUAGAUUAUACAGCACGAUAUCUGGACCCUGUAUGCUUCUUAUCUACGUGACUAUAUACUGUCUACAGCUGAAUAAGUACAAUGGUCCAAACUUUAUUUUUUUACUCGUACCUUACAUGUCAACUUGUAUUGUGUUGUUAAUAUUAGAAGGAUGAUCGUAAUUUGCUUUAAUGAUGAAUAUGUAUAAUGUGCUUGUGGAGUGGCAGGUUUAAGAGCUUGGUGGUUCUCAGCGCAUGGAUGAGUUGGAAU